CUGAAUUCAUGGAAUAGUAACGCAGGCGCAGCCGUGAAGCGUUUGCGUGCAGAUAUAUGGUGUAAAUAUGGCGUCGCAAGAGGAAGAUAACAAACUUGAGUGUGAAUCAAAUGUAAACAAAGGGCAAGAAAGAUACUUCCUAAAUGCUUAUAAGGUGAAACACACGAUAUCCGUGCUUAUAGUUCAUUAAUUCAUAUGAUUUUCGCAUGUUUGUUGUGAUCAAAGUGUGUAGUUUCACAUUCGCAUGGCCGCCAUGUUCCAUCAGUGAUUUGUUCAGAAAAUUGAAGACAUUGGCCAUCAUUUAUUUACCACAACAUAAGCGUGAACUGGACAGUUGGCCCAUUUGUUGAACUGAGUUUUAAUAAAGUGCCUCAAACAAUAUGCCAUCCGGGUAGUCCCCAGAGCAAAACAACUACUUUAUAGUUGUUUGUUUAAUUGCUUGAACCUACCUUUACAUCAAGAUGAGUUUUCUAGAAGACCUAUGUCACCUCGCACCUUUCAAAAAACUUGAGUUCAUUCUGAAUAAUAAGAAUGAAUCAUUCCAGAAUAAAGUUGAAUCUAUUGUAGAAGUUUGGAAGAUUGUUGGAGAGCUGAAUCUUUCUCAAUUUGGCAUUCACCAUGUUAUACAGAUUUUAGAUUGGGCUAAAUUACAUGCUUUGAAUAUUGUCCUUACAGCUGAGUGGAAUGAAUUCAAACCAAACUAUGAACCCAAGCUUCUUGAAGAAAUAGCCAGGGCUGAGAGUGCAUUGUCAAAACUAAAUAGUGCUUUUGCUACAAGGUGCAAAAAAUUAGCAGAUGUUGUGAGAAACCCCUGGGAAGAUACCGUACUGAUGAGACUAAUGAAAACAAAAGAUGCUGAAAUUGGCCCAGAAGAGGUCGAAUUCUUUUGUGUGGAAACUGCAUACCUAGUAUCUGUUCGUUUAAAGAAGUUAUGUGAAUCUCAUUGUGAAGACUUGGCCUUAAAUUUGGUAACGGCGUUUAUGAACUGCAACAAACUGUCAAAAACACAAAAUUUCAGUGUAAAUGCUACAGAGUCCCAAAUGUGGUUCAUUUUUGAUAUCUACAUUGCCUUGCUUUACAAAUUUCAGCACAGACAGACAAUUGUUGUUCUGUUGAAAGAACUUGCAUUUGACGAGGGAUUGCAAUUGGUGAGGCGGUUUGCAAACAAGCGAGUCAAGAUAUCAAAAAUUUGGAAAAACUGCCACCGAGUCGCUAUAUUAGGCGCGCAAAUGUACAUUUCACAAGCUGUUGUGAAGUAUGCUGUAGAACUGAAGACAUAUCUAGAAAGCUUUCUAGAAAUUUAUAUUUCACUCUGCACCAAGGAGAGCCUUCUACAAGAUUUUCCAACAUCAAUCAGACGUAUCAGUAACUUGGCUGAUGCUGAUGGUCUUUAUGUAUUCUGUGAUGUCAUUCAAAAAAAAGCUGGAACUGAAUUGAAACCUUUUGUGGUAGAGUUGUACAUCAGGGCUUUAACAACUGAUAUGAACGAAUUAGAGCGACAAAAAGAUAGUGAUGAACCCGAAAAGGCAGCCGCAACAACAUCUAGAUUAGCAGCAGCUUUUUGCAACUUGGCUGACUUUUUGGAUGAGCAUGUGAAAGUUGCAAGAGAAUGCAUCCUGACAGCUUUCAGUCUAGAGCCAACUAAAGAUCGAAUGGCUGCCAUUGAAAAUUUAGCCAGAAGAAGUGGUUUUCAGGUCUUGGAUACAGGUCAAGAAUGGAAGUGUAAACUGCAUCCACCUACUUUACCUUCGGAUGAUGUGACAUGGGUGUGCCCAGAAUGUGGUGACUGGAUGUGCAAUCCAGACUUCACUGCUCCAACUAAAAUCAACAUGGCGUUAAAUGAAGCACUUCAGAAUUCUGUGUUAGGAAUAACUGAAGCUCUGUGUGAUGAUCUGGUCGUAUGUUUGUCAAAUCCCCGCUAUCAAAUUCUUAGCUGGUUUCUACCCUGGGAUGACCUGCACAGACUUUGUAAAAUGUAUCUUCAAGAUCCCCAGACCACUAAGAAUUUUGUUACCGAGCUCAAGUUUGUUGAUAUUGACUAUUCCAUAUUCAAAGGUAUAAAGCGUGAGCCUUUAGACGAAUUGGCUGGCAUUGAACGGGGGUAUGAGCAGUAUUUAGAUCACAAUUUUGUGUCUGGAGAUGAAAGUGAUAGUGAAGAUUCACUCUCUCAAGACUCAAGACCCUACAGUCUUGGCAGUGAUGGGGCUGGAGAAGGACCUUACUUGCCAUUGCUUCCUCCCCAGCCCAAAUCGGACCCAAAUACUCUGAAGAGUCUUAGGAUGUUCAGACCAAAUCUCAAAAGAGUGAAAGAUAAAGAACCGUCAGACGUAAUUGCUGAAAAGCUCUUCAAGUCUGAUUCUAAUAAUGUCCUUCAAGAGGUCCAAAAACCUGAUAUUGCUAGUUUAAGCGAAUUUUUGAAUGGUGUUUGCCCGGCUGUCAGUCAGACAUCGCUUCCCAGUAUUACUUUAAGUGAUAAUUCAAAUAGUUCUGGUAUUGAAGAUUCUCAGUCAAAAAACGUAAAGACUGCCACGUUGUCUCUACUUGGUGGGCAGGUGGCGGAGAAAGAAACACCAAUAAUCCAAGUGCCCCAAAUUCUCAAAUCCACCAUACCACGGUUGGAAGACCCUUUUCUCAAGGAAACUCGACACCCAGCAUCAGAACAGAUCAAGGACAAUGUCACGAGCACAAUGGAAAUAACACAAGAUCCCCCCAAUCCACAAAAAGAGCUAUUGCCGAAUGGUAUGGUAGACGACAACAAUUACAACCAGGUAGUGGCCAUCAGGGAGCAGGGUUUUUGUCUUCCAUGUCGGGGAACCAGAGUCUACAAAAUAAAAAUGGACAAACAAACCCAAUCACUACCAAUCAUGACUACAACUAUAGUGCAUACACCCCAACUACCAGUUUCUAUCCCGAUAUCGCAAAUUUUUCGUCUCCAUCUGGGCCGUUCCCUGCUGAAUGCAACCAAACAAACUCGAACAAACCCUACAGUACUGGAAGAGUCACUAUCUCGUCAACAACCAAUCAACAAUCAAAUUACGUCUCCGCACUUUUUACUUCUCAAAAAAUCUCCCAAUCAGAAUCUAAUGGCGACCCAGCUUGCGUUAUCUCAAUCCCUAAUCCACAAAGGAAAAAUUCAAACGGACCUGCCUCUUCCCAGUCAACUUCUACUUCCUGGUCUGGAACUUCAAGUCACUCUACCCAAUCACCGUUCGGCACUGAACGAUUUGCCACUGUUCUCCAAGGAGGAUCAAUUGAAACCACUAGCCAAGGCAAAUCAAAAUCCUACUCUAGGCCAACUGAAGAUCACAUUAGUGAACAUCAGCAAACUGAAACAGCCUAUUUUGAAUCGAGAAGAGCCAGCUCUUCCAAAAGAGGACCAAUGUCAAAUUCGAUUGAAAAAGGAACAAACUCCGAAUCGCUUGGAAAAGGAGGAAUCUCCAUUGAGGGACAUGAACUUACUGAGACAGACUUUAGGAAGUCUGGAGCAGCAAGUUCUUCCCAAAGUGGGCCAACAGCCAAACCAACUGAAACAGGGCGAAUUAAGCCAAGUUCUAAGUCAUCUAAAAAAGAAGGAACCGUCCUUGGUAAACAUAAAUUUGAAGCAACCCUUUGUGAGCCUGGAGCAGCUCGUUCCUUCCAAAGAGAAUCCGUCCUCAAACCAAUCGGACAAAGAGAUACCUCAGAAACAGGAACAACACCCAGAGAAGAAGUCUCUGUUGGUAGACGUCAACAAACUGAAACAACCUUUUGUGAGCCUGGAACAGUUAGUUCCUCCCAGCGUGGACCAACCUCCAAACCAUCCGGAAAGGCAAGAACAACCACAUGUUACCCGAUGUAUACAGAAUCGAGCAAGCAGUACUCAAUAUCCCAUUCAAAGUCACAAGAUAAACCAACUGGUACUAAAUCUUCCUCUAGAAGUGAGGGACCAUCCAGUACUAGGCCCCAACCAGAAACCAUCAGACAGCUACUCUUGUCAGUCACUAAAUCUAUCAACAAAGACCCCAGCCAACAGCUUGGUGCAUCCAGAGAAAUCACAGAGCAACGAAGCUCUGAUAAACAACUCCAUAGUCAUACCCAAGACCUAUCGCCUACGAACCUGGAUUCGAACAAAAUGGCCGACAUAUCUAUUUCAAGGGUACAGCAGUCUACGGGAAGACAGCAGCAAAUUGGAGAACUUGUUCCUAGACAGUACCAUGUCGGAUAUCAAACAUCACUUCAAACACAUCAAUCAACUGGAGGACAGCAGCAUGCAGGAAAAGAUCAAUCAGUUGGAAGGCGGCAAACAGUUGGUGGUCAUUUGUCAACAGGAGGACCACAGCAAACAGGAAAACAACCAGUCGGAAGACAGCAAACAAUUGGAGGACAGCAGCAACCAGUUGAAGAAAAACACGAAGUUGGGAGGUGGCAUAAAAUCGGAGGUCAACAACCAAUUGGAAGACAGCGACAUACAGGAAAUCAAUCAGUCUCAGGAGAGCAACCUGUCGGGCGAAGUAAAACAAUUAAAAGUCAACAUUUUGAAAAACAUCAAAGUAGAAAUCAACAGCAAAUUGGAGAACAGCUACACACCGGAGGUCAACAGCCGAUCAGUGUCCAACAGCAAACUGUUGGAAGAGAUCGAACAAUUGGAAGUCAAGGAAGAGAACAAACAAUUCAUUAUCAAAGAAGAGAGCAAACAAUUGGAAGUCAAGGUAGAGAUCAAACAGUUGGAAAUCAAGGAAGAGAGCAAACACUUGGAAUUCAAGGAAGAGAGCAAACAAUUGGAGGUCAAGGAAGAGAUGAUACAAUUGGAAGUCAACACCCAGCCCGAACCCAGUGCCGUUCAGUUGCCGGAGGAACAAAACCAAACAAGCAGCAGCCCCCUGGGCAAUAUGAAACUGUUGGAUGUUCGUAUAGAAGUUCCUCGACUGGAACUCUGGACAGAAAAGGCACUCUUGCCCAAAACACAAGCCGACUGCUCCAAGCAGCAUUGCAGUCUGGAACACAAAAAGCUUGUAGUCAAUCUAGACAGACUGCAACUACGUCUUCCCUCACAAUACGAAACCAAGUAUGCAAGCAAGGAUCAAUCAUUCCAAACCAGCCAAAGUACCAAGCAAGACCAAUUGCAGAAACAAGUAGGGCAGAUGAAACAGAAGCGAUUGCAAGACAUCUCUUGCAGUUUGCCCAAAGUUCGCAAACUCUCACAGAGUUCAGACAAACCCAAAAUCAAAACAACUCACAAUUCUCCCAAGCGUCCUCUGGCAAUGCCUCUCAAGCAACUCCAGGCAGUGUCUGUAGUUUUGGACAAAAUGCCUGUCACGAAGAUACCUCAAUGCAGUAUCAGUAUGGAGCAAUGCUUGGACCAAAUCCAGUACCGUUGUAUUCCCAGCAGGGACAUGGGGUGGGCCAAAUGGGAGGGCAAGUGCUGGCCAGGGCUGAUACAAACGAACUUGGACCCUUAUACGGAGGUGCAACAGGAACAUUUCCCGAAACCGAGCAGGUUCAGAUUCGGAAACCAGAUGAGUUGUGUGGAGAUGAUGAAUUCCUCUGCUAUCUUGGAAGCUACAAUAAGAAAUGAGGAAGAAUUUAGUAGUGAAAAAAAUUUGCAUGAACGAGACAAAGUACGGUGCAAUAAUGAUGUGGGUAAAGAUAGCAAUAUGGUAGUUGAAAUAAAUGGUGGUGAUGCGAAUAAAAUCGACGAAUAUUUAUUUGAAGAUGUUUCUCAGUCGGAAUUACAGAACUCUGAUGUUGAGAUUUUCUCUAGUGUAUUUGGAGAUAAGAUGGAGAAGUUGAUUCCUCAGGAUAAUAAUGACUACACUGUUAGAGACGCUGAACAGGUGGCAAAAGAUUCUGAAGAUGAAUUACCAAAGAACUUGAAUUUGACUGAAAAUAUUAGAACUUAUGUAAACAAAUCGAAGAAGCCGCUAGCAACAGCGUUUAAAGACUGUGUUAAUGCACUGACUGGUGAUGAUAAAUUAGAUGUUUGUAAAAAUGUAAAUAGUAUUAAUAAAAUCGACUCACAUUCCAGUGUACAAAUUGGUGAGACCAAACCAAAAGAAUUGAAAGUGAUUCUUGAUCGCCUACCCUCGAAUAAGAAACUCGAUGGAAAGUGCACAUCAAACAAGGAAGAAUAUCCUAGUAUCAAAAGUAAAUGUGAUAGAGGAAGAACUCCUCCGAAGAAUGCGAAAAGACGAAGAAGUAUGGAUAAGUCUGAAAAUAAAGCUGGAAAAGCACCAAAUUUAGUACAAAACAACAACUUCUCGCCGCUGCAAGAUGCUAACAUUCGAGUAAAUCCCAGGGUUUAUUCCAGAGCUUGCUGUGAUCUGAACAAACAAAAAGCCCUCAAUAUGUCUAUGACAAUGUGCGUUGACAAAGCAGAAGAAAGGAAUUAUGCUAAAUCGAUUCUAGCAAAUGUUCCUGGACUGGAUAAUUUUCAAAUGAUGAGGCCAUUGAAUGUGAGUCCCAUCGUGAAUGUUGUACAGAUUUCAGGAGGCAGGCAGGCCCAAAAUGUGCCCAUACAGAACACACAGACGAGCACCCAAGUCACUCCGCAUAUCCAGAGAAUUGGGCAACCCAGAAUAAGCGACCAAAAACCUGAAAACUCUUCUGUCACUUCCUCUAUAAUCACUACAAGUACCACGACUACCACCAUCGCUAGGACAGCCACUACACAGCCGUCUACACUGAUUAAUAUCCUGUCCCAGCAAAUAAUUCGCCCAGUAUCUGCGCAGAACAACCCAAUGCGGCGUCAGCCUCCUUUGAUAAAUAUCUUGUCUCAGCAGAUCAUACGGCCCUCAAUUCAGGGCGUUAAGACUGUUACCAACAGUAUUGUACCAGCCAUAGCAGAUACCAACCAGGUUAAACCUGUGGUCACCACAGAACCAAUCAUCCUGAACCAGACAAACAACAUAGUCAAGACGACAACUGCACCCGCUAAAAAUCCCAAUACAGUUACUCCUGGCCAAGGAAGUACCAUUCUCCAGUUCAUAUGCAAGUCCUCCUUGCCCAAAUUUCAACAAGCUUUCGGAAAAACGGUAUAUCAAAACAACUCUGAAUCAACCGAUUCACCUUCUACAACUGUUGAAACAACAUGCUACAACGCCACAGUUGACACCAAGCCAAAGGUCGUUAAAUCGGUACCAGUAAACAUCCAACCAAUACAAGGCAGUGUCAUCUACAGUAGGCAAGUUCCUGUCGGGCAAACAAUUAGCCUAAUCCCUAACAGUGGUACGACACGUCAAGUAUUCCGCAUCGCAACUUCGAAUCCCGAGCAACUCAGCCUAGUUAAAGAUAGUGUAAUCCACAGCAAAAUGAGUGCUUUGCUAGCAGCUGCCUUACAAGGCAGGCCUAAAAACGCUGAGGGAGAAGUUCAGGUUGUUAACAGUGAUGAUGCCAAAGGUACUAUCACUCGUCCUACUCUGGUGCAAAGUGCUCGAAUAGUAAAACCAGUGCAAUUGCAGCUGCAGCCGAACACUGUUAAAACCUCGCCACAGACGAAUUUGAGCUCAACAACCCUUGAACAACUGAGGGAGUUUGAUAUGGUGUACAAACAAAUUAAAGAGAGGAGUAGCACUACUACUACUGAAGGUAGCAGUGGCUCCGGGGAAAACCAAGAAGUACCCCAGCAGAGGAUCAGUGUAACCUAUGUUAAUCAGUUGCCUAAGUACACUCAGUUAUCGCCUGUUGUUGUGGUGACUAGCUAUAGUAGUUUGCAGCCUGCUGCCUCCCCAGCUCUAAGUGUCACUUCUCAAGGCAGUUCGAGCCCUUGUGUAACCCCAGCAUCAACUCCUACUUUGCCCAAAGUUGCUACAAAGCCUUCAUCCAAAGGCAAGACUUUGAAAACUUCUCCUCCAAAUAAUACUGUUGCUACCAAAUCGUCUCCCAUACCGAAACCCCAGCAGAAACCUCAAGAGGAUGAACAUACCACACAAAGAAUUUUCGAUAUUCUUGCUGAGUAUGCUGAGCAAUUGCGUAAUUCUCCGGAUUUGAACAAUAAGCCAGCGCCUAGAAGGAGAUCCAACCCGCCUACUAACCCUAACCAUAGCUCUAAACGCAAGAAGAGUUCUUCAAAUGUGAAGAAGUCAGGACAGUCCAGUAGUUCCUUGGAAAUGGAUACUGAUGAUGUCACCAUUGGUAGUGAGGAUAGUUCUGGCGGGGGAGUCUUGCAACUUUCAGUAACAGAUGAUGAACAGUCUCAAGCUGCCACUGUCAAUGCUAACGAUUCCAACCUCGAGUCCACCUCGAGUCCACCUUCUUCCAGACCCGUCAUUUUGGCUGAGGGUGCCACUUGUGGAACGCAAUCUAGAAAUCUCAUCAUAGCGGAUUCCAGUGUAGGUGAGGCAUUGAAAAUGCCUAAUACUGCUGUUAUUGUACCUGGCAGCUACAUAAUGCCCGUUUCCAUGGUCAAAGGUGGCCAACAAAUAGCUGUGGUAUCAGGUGGUAGCAAGAUUCUGGCUACAGUCCCCGCCAGAUCAGGCCAAAAUAUGGUGUUUUUCCAGAGUUUCAUGAACCAAAAUCGAAAAGGUGCCAUAUCGGCUGUAAAAUACUCGACUAUCCAACCCAUUUCUGGAAUAUCAUCCCAAAGCUUGGCCGGUGUUAGUGCUCAACCCCCUGUAAUAUUGCCUUCAACGGUAGCCCUUGGACAGCCUCUGACGUUGAAGAAAUAUGGAGACGACAGGGAAGGUGGAGAACUACUUCUGACGAUUUCUCAACCAAAAGAGAGUAAUAGUGACCAGAAUGAUAUUCCACAGCCUGAUAGCAGCACAAGUGUUUCAAGUGAUAGUGUCGAUAUAAAAAUAGAGGAUUCGACUAUACAGGGAGACCAUCAUGAUGAAAAGAUAUUUCAUGGUUAUCAGAAAUCUGUUAUCACGAACUCUGUUGGUACAUCGGUCAUUGCAACAACUUCAUUACAACCCAUGAAGGAGCAUGAGAACCAUCAUAUAAUCAACUUGACUUCCACGAACAGUAUUAAAGUUGAACCCAAAUCAGGCGAGAGGAUGCAGUCAGUUCUAGUGACUGCAUGUUCCUCAAAUGGGCCUAUGUUGUCCCACACCACUCCCAGAUAUCGAAAACCUAUGGACAUCGCCAGAACAAACAACAAUGAACCAAUGAAGGAAGAAUUCCUCAAUAAUGGAGAAAAGUUGCAGGCCAGCAAUGAGCAGAAGACCUUCAGAAGUAACACAACUUACUAUGUGAACAAAAUGAAAAAAAUAAAUGCAGAAUCCAAUAAAAUUGAUAGUGAAAUGCAAAAGCAAGCUGCGAUUGAACGAGAACUGAGACUUCAAAAAUCCUUGUCCGAAGAAUGCGAAGAUUUGGGAGUGGAUGAACCGAGUACCAGUGACUUAUUUCCUGAAGCUGACCUUCUUUUCGAUUCAAACCAUUCCCCAUCUUUUGAUCAAACAUCACAGGAUAUUAUAAAGAGGGCCCCCCAAAAUAAUGAUAAAGAGGAUGUCAAAGAUAGCAUGAACUUGUUCAGCGAUGACGAAAAUUCUAGUUCGCUCCGAACUGAUUUAUUCGAAUACGUCGAAUAUCAAACAGUAGAAACGGCGUUAGAUUAUCAAGCGAGGCAGUUGAUGAAUGGCAAUAAUACCGAGUCCGGUUCUUCGGGGUGUGAAGACAAUACACUUUUAGCAAAAUGUGCAACAAUGUCCGAAGUCACUUUGAAUUCUCCCAUUUCCCCUGAAAUGUAUCAGGAAAGUAGUUUACACAAAUACAAAUUCAAAUAUAGCAACCGAAAGAAAGGAGAGAAAAUGAGGCAAAGUGAUUUUGGAGGAGAAGUAGUUUCUAGUUCAGAGGAUACAGUCGGCAGCACCGAAUUGGGCAAAAUCAAUUGCGACGAGGACAAUUACAAGGUGGUGCACGUGGCCAUAACGAAAACCGAUAUCAUGAAGGAUGAGGAGAAAUGUGAACUGCACUGCGAUGGAAAUUUGGACUCGACGAGCGGUCGAGGAGCCAGGAGGAGUGUGAGGAAGUUGUGUUCUUGCUGUAACGGCUCGCAAGACGGCAGUUUAGCUAAGAAGCGACCUCCGACUUCCAGACCACACACGCCCGCAGCUCCGCACAAGAAGGCCUUCCUCAGUAAGAAAAGAUAGUGCACCUUUACAUUUUAGCGAGUUCUUAUUGAACUAUGCAACAUAUCGAACUGAACAUUGAAGGAUGUCUUAUAUAACUUGUCCUAUAAUCAAUGAACAAAUUGUAUUCUCUAAUUGUGUGACUGUGUCAAUGGCUCUUAUGGUAUUUUAUGAAUGCAGGGUUGAUAAAAAAUUUCUAAUGAUUUUUCUUUUCAGAUAAAUUUUUGCAAUUUUAACGAACGUAUGAUGUUUAGAAAUUAGAUGAAGCAACUUCUCUGAUAUAAAGCUGAAACUCGAUUCUGUAACAAACAAUCUAUAUGAGACAGGCUCAUUGAUAACAUAGUGUCUGAAUAUUAAAAUUUAAAUUUCAUAAAAAUAUUCUGAAAUUUGAGGGUAUUUUGGUAUAAUAAUUUAUUUAUGGGACAUGACAAAUUUUACAUGAAGGUGAUAUGGAAAUAUUGUUUCUGAAAGCCUGUCGACCUGUUGAAUGUGAUUUUUUCUUAUAAAAUAUGUUAUUUGAAUACAAUGGUUGACCACAGAGUCUGGUUCAAUCCUUCAUUUUCUUAGUUCAUGAACGAAUGGAAAUUGCGAAAAUAAUUAUCCUUCCACAAAGAUUAUAUGAAUGAGUUGGAUUCUUGGAUUUUAUUGGUAAUAGAUCACUGUCAAUGACGUCAUAUGACGUAAAAUUGUCGGCCAUUGAACAGAUGAUCGGUACAUACAUUUCCCACUAUAAUACAAUACCUGAAGCAUUUAUUCAUUGACAAAUCAUCAUGAAUAAGUACUGUGAGAAAAGUGAAUGAGUCCAAUGAAGAGAUCAACUUGGUUUAUUUGUCAAUUUGAAAUUACUGGAUUCACACGAAGUCUCGUACUAUACGUCAAUCGAUACUCAGUUUGCAACAACAUAUACAUAUUUUUCUCGUAUAAUAUCUACAAGUUCAACAAAACUGCCAAUGGGUCAGAAAUAAUGAAAUCAAAAUUCACAACACAUCUUUUUUUGUCCCCCGAUCAGCUGAUGAAAACGACGGGUGCGCCAUGUUGUGACGUCAGCUGACACUGCUCGUUUGCAGUUAUGUAUUCGUGAAAUACUGUAAAAGCCAGUAGAAAAGGGCAAAUUCAGAAAAUAAUUUGAGAAAAUGUUGAUUGGUUCUCAACAUGUAGACUGGACAUUUUUCAAUUGUUCACUUGCUCGGUUGCAUAGUUAAGUUGUUGGUUGUUUUUGUUGAAGUUGGGUCGCUGUUCACACUCUAGUACAAAAAAUUGUAUUGACAGCCAGUGUUAUAGCACGGGAGACUCGAUUUCUUGUAUAGUCAUUGCUACGUUUGCAAUCUUUUUAGUACCUCUAAUUGUAAAUUCUCGUCUGUGUAAAAUAUUAAAAUUAUAUGUGCAGUUUGUCGUUGUAUAUAACUAAUUUAAUAGAUAAAUUAUCACAUACAGACAGCUUCAGUCUGUCUAAUAAGCGUUAUGCUGCUCUUUCAUUGAAAAUGCAAUAAGUUACAUGUCUAACUGUCUAAUUCACUACUGGAAAUUUUAUAGGUAUUGUUUAUUUAUACACUAUUUAUUUAAUUAUUCUAUUUAUUUUGGUGAAUUCUCAUUCAAUCAAUUAUGUUAUAUCGUCACUAUUCAGAUUUGAUGUAAACAUUUGUACUAUAACAAUUGAUGUUUGAAAAUAAUAUUUUUUGUGCAAUAGGCAUUGUAGUUUCCUAUAAUAAUAUAUAUCUGAUUCGGGGCACUUGAAAAUUCAAUCUAUUCAUAUUAUUGGCUUGUAAUUAAGCAGUUAUUCGAAUUAAUUUAUGAUAAAAGGGAGCAGAUGGAAUUUUCAAAUUAGAUGUUUUAAAAUCUAGUCAGUUAUAUUUAAAAUUUAAACAAUUUGAUUCUAUGAUGAAUUCACCUUUGCUGUUGAUCCUAUUUAUUUUUUGUUGAGUCUUAUUACUUUUUAUGAAGAAGUAAUGCCAUAUUUAUUGUGAAUAUUUUGGUAGUUGAAAUAGUUUUUGAAUUACAUAACAUUUUAUACUACUUAUUAACAAAAAGGUAUAAAAAUUGAAUUUACAUUAGAUAGUUGGAAUAGAAAAUCCAUAAUGUAUACAAAAAAAUGCCAGUGUUAUGAUAGGAAUGCAUGAAUCCAUCAGUAUUGUGGUGUUUUUUCCUACCUGUAACUUUCAAAAAUGAGAAUUAAUUUCAGUACUUACUGACAUUUCUGAGACGUCCUGAAAGUACUUUCAAUUUCUAAUAAAAAUGCUUAGUCUGUGUUAUCUUCUGCAAUAACAAUCUGAGCAUAAAAUAAUUGAAAUUAAAUUUGUUGCAUUGAAAUUUGUUUGUUUUUAUGUUUUUAAUUUUCGUACUAUCUUCUGCGACAUUGGCGACUUGAACGUUAAUAGAAUUUCAUCACUCAUCAAACAGAACAUCAACAUUAUUAUUUGUACACUAUUGAUAAGAGAUACUGUUGCAGAUACAUGUCCUUAGAAUGUUCUUUCUCGGAUUGUUGUCUAAGAUGACCCUACAAAGUUUUAUUCUCAAUAUAGUGAGUGUUCAAUAUUCAGAAUUCGAGCCUGACGAUUUUAUAGGUCCAUAUUUUCUAUCGUACAGUGCUCUAUUUUGAGAGAUCAGUUUUUGAGAGUUACAAGCAAAUGCCACAAUAAUUGUAGAAGUAUCUCAAUCCUUGAAUGUUGUAUGAAUCGGAGAACACUGACUCAUAAAUUUCAUUAAGCUGGUACUCAAUCACAAUUUAAUUUUUUUUAUUCAUUCAUCUGUCACAGCCUCUGUUUAGUGAAUCGUUUUUUUCAUCUUCAGAAUGACCACUGAUGUUUUUCUCUAAUUGAUUGAAUUCAAUAUUUUAUUCCUAAGAAUGCCCAAUACUAUCGGGAGAAUGACCAAUACCCAGCCUUUACUUCAUUUAUUCAUUCCGAGAAAAUAAUUGGAUUCUUCAAAAUCCAAUUUUUCUUCCUCAUUUAGGUAUGCUGAAAUAAUAAUUUAAAUAUUAAAUAAUAUGGGUAAGAGAAGAGUAAUGAAAAGCAUUCUUUACUACACUCGGGCCGUUGAAGAGAUAAUUUCAAUGCACCAACAAAUGAUUUUUACUACAAUCAAGUGUGGUCUGUUCAAUCCUUGAUGUUCACUAUAUUUCUCCACCGACCCAGAGUAUAUUCAAAACAUAAUUUCUUUUCUUUUCAGUGUUUACAUACAAGUUACUCUUCCAUCAUAAAAAUUACUCAAGUUCACCCAUUAUAUUUACACAAAUGUACAUUCCUCUACACUUGGUAAUUUUGUAGUACUACUUUGAGUGCCUAUUACUUUUUUCUACAUACAUUUUGUGUUUCAUUUGGACAAUUUUUGUAGUACCUACAUCAAAUACGAGAUUCUGUUCUUAAAAAAUGAUAGAUAUGUAGGGCUGAGUACAUGGGGUGUUGAUGCAUACUUGCCUAAAAAAAAAACGAUAAAACUGUGCCAAUUUUAUGUAUAAUGAGUAAAUAAGUGAUAGCCGUUUAGCAAAUAACUUGGGACUUCAAAACUUUGUAUAUCAGACUGUAUAUUAUUCUUCCUAUAAUAAUUUCAAAUUUGUGCACCAUUGUUACUAAAAAUUAUAUUUUAUGUUAGAUCUGAUUAGCAAGGAUGGUGCAAUCCAAACAGAUUUGUACAAUUUUAUUAGAAAUUUUUCAUAAAUUGUAGCCGAUUAUUGUGAUGUCCGGAUAUUGAGAAUAUUUUUUCGCUUUUAUAUUUUAAAUAUGUUGGGGAAAUGUUCUUAUGAUCACAAUUUGGAAGUUACUCUAUUAUUCUAACUUCUUUUAUGACGUAUAAUAUGUUAUGUAUCAUCAAAACUCUUCAUUUCCACGAAGUUUCCAUACAAGAAGCAGUAGUACUUCUCGAAUGUGAAUUCCUAGUAUUAAAAUUGUUUUAAAUGAAUUUUAGAGAUAGAGUAUUGUUUAUUUAAUUAUCAGGAUGCAUUGGUGAAUGAUAAUAAAAUAGUGCUUAUAAUUUAUAAGAUUUAAAGAAAAAGUAUUACUUUUAUCUACUCUAAUGAUUACUGUACUGAUAUAGUUCUUUUGAUUAAAGAUUUUGGAAAUAUAAACCCAUUUAUUUAUCCUUCUGACAUUGUGCAUUCAUUAUCGUACUCUAUGCAAUUUGGAAAUAAUUAUAUUUAUAUAAGACAAAACUUUGUAUCCUUAUUUUCAUUACAGAAUUUUUUUCCAAUAAAUGUUCUCAAAAAAUAUUCUAAGACUGUUUUUGCAUCUCUAUUCAAAUAUACUUACUUGAAGCAACAUCAAUAUCCAAUAACAGGAUAAAAUGGUGUCAU